GUUGAUUUUUCAGGAAUUUCGUAAUUUUUUAUUCAUAAACGGUUCGGUUCUCAGUUUGACGAGGGAACGAAUCGAGCUGUUCGCGGUCGAGAAAACGAAGGGGUUUAUUACUGGGCACGACUUUGGCUGAUAACAGGACAUAGCUUUGGUCUCGGCCUCGAAACAGACCACUGACUUCAACAUGAGACUAACCUUAACAAGUAUCGUGUGCUUCACGUUAUUCGCAUUAACCGCGGCAGCACCCGCAUCCCACAAACGAUGCUGUAAUCCUGGUCCCUCUUGCAACAAUCCAUGUCCCUCAAAUAAUGCUCAAGGAGGUGCAGGGGCUCUUUCGCCCGGACCAAAUCCAUUUACAUUCAUGUCCCCAGUUGAACAAGGCCCACCCAGCACUGUAAUGGACAACUGCUGCGCUCCAGGACCAUCAUGUGCUAAUCCUUGCCAACAGCAGGGACCACCACCACAGACGUUCAUGGUAAACUUCCCACCUCCACCUGCAGCACCCAUGCUUCCUCCUCCACCACCACCAAUUUACACUGGUGACAACUGCUGUCCACCUGGUCCCUCUUGCAGCAACCCAUGCGAUGCAGGAGCACCCCCUAUGAUGGCACCUCAGAUGGCACCACCUAUGGCUCCUCCCAUGGCUCCACCUAUGGGCGCACCUAUGGGUGCACCGAUGGAUCCUUGCUGUGAUCCUGGUAUGGUACAAGGAUGCGCAAAUCCUUGUGCUCCACCUGCCGCACCAGCACAACCUCAAACUUACGCUCCAUACCCAGGUGAGAUCACCUUCAAAUUAUUGCAGACAUGGGAUCCCGACAAGUACUUGAAUGAACAAUCAGCAGCAUUUAACAUCCUCGCAGGAAAUUUAGAAAACGCCAUCAAAACUGUUCUUGGACCAAUGACACAAGUUUCUAACAUAUAUUUCAGAGAGGGAUAUGUACCUGGUAAUCCUAGCACUAUGCCUAAGGUUGUAGCUCACGUUAUGGUUAAUGGCGGAUCUGAUGCCGCAUCUCUUCUCCAACGAGCUGUUACUCCUGAUGGUACAUUGGGUGAUGGACUUAAGGUCUACAAAGACUCCUUCAAUGCUUAUUAGGUAUUACAAAGAUAACAUUUUCACGCCAAACAGAUGACAGACAUUCGAAUGACGUCAACAACAAUGAACAACAAACGCGGUGUAUGAAAAAGCACAUAAUGUACAUAUACAACCAAGACCCUGUCAAAUAAGGGUCCUCUAUGUAACAUAUGGACCUCAGUGACUUCUUUUUCCAGAACACCCUGUCCAAAAAGACCCUUUAUUGCGGUAUUUCUAAUGUUUUGAUUAAUCGUAAUAAUAAUAAUAAUCUCGUCCCAGUCUCUGUUUGUUCCUCAAAGUCGCGCAAUAAACGGGGCCUGGGCCGAAUAGAAGAUCUCAAGCUGAAAUGGUUCAAAUAUUCAAAUAGACUUGUUUUCAAUCGAAACGGAAAUUUCCUCGUUUCGGGAAACGUUUGUAUCUGAUUCAUAUACUAUGAUGAAGUAUAAGCACUGAUUUUGUUAAAGCAAGCUGCAUUGUUUUUUCUUUAUCUAAUGAUAAUCUAAUGAUUAUCUAGUUCCCUAUAGUAAACGAAAGGUUAAGCAACCUUGUAUAAAAUGUCGACUUAGUGCUGAAACACGAAAAAUCCAAAUCAGUACUCAAGUUUAUAUUGUGAAUAUUUCUUAGGAAGAAGAGGGGUUUCUUACUCAGAGAGUGUGUAUAAUAAAAUAAUAUUACCUAACGUUUUGUGGGUCAAUAACUUCGCUAUUACACCAGUAUAAGGUGGAUUAUUAGACAUAUAUUAUGGAUGUCAGUAUUAUUGUUAGAGGAUAGUAGUCUUGAAAUAAAUAAAAUAUAGAGUAAACAAAA